UAUAGUAAACCAUAUUAUAUACAUUCUAUUUGGGUUUAUACUUCCUUGAUUAGGGUUUAGCUUAAUCUAUUUAUUUAGGUUUAGCGUUUAGGGUAUAUUUGGAUUAGGGUUUAGUGACUGGAAUUUAGGGUUUAGUAUUCAGAAGGUGAGGGGUAUGGUUGGGUCAACACUAACUUCUUUCAUGCAAUCAUAGAUAUUUUAUAGUUUCACCAAUAUGUACUAUGUUAUUUAUUUUGUUCCAUUCUAUUUGGGUUUUGUGUUUAUAUUUGGGUUUAGGAUUUAUAUUUGAGUUAGGGUUUAGUGAUUAAAGUUUAGGAUUUAGUAUUUGGAAAUUUAUGUUUUUUUGGGUUUAGGGUUUAUACACUUUUUAUUUUUUUUUUAAAUUAUGUUUCUAUCCGCUCAUUCUACUUCAUAUAGUAAAUAAAUAUGUUAUAAGUAAAUUUGUGACAUGAGUUCUUUUACGUGAUGUGUUUGUAAAUAAUAGUGAUUCAUUAUUGACCAGUAAUAAGAAAAUUUUGGGUGGAUUAAAUUGGUACGUGGCUGCAUGUGUUUCUAUCAAAUAAAGUAGUAUUUAAUUUAAUCUUUACCCUACGUUAUUUACCAAGUCAUAUCUACCAAUACAAUAUUACCGGAUGAUUAAUGAAAGAAUGAGCAGAACCGGAUAACAAUUGGCAUAAAUGAUAGAUAUUACAUUACGUCAAAAUCAAUGCUACUCACUUAAUUUUGAUGCCAAAGUUGGUUAUUUAGCAAAUUGACCCUAUAUAUAAAGCCUCCCUCCGUAAGAGAAAAAAUAACACACACAAUAAUCAUUCGUUUGCACGAAAAUGGAUAAGUUCAAAGGUCAACCUCGUCUCCCUAAGUUCGCCGUCCCAAAACGAUACGAUCUCCGUCUCAUUCCCGAUCUCAUCGCCUGUACUUUCACCGGAACAGUCUCCAUCGAUGUAGAUAUUGUCGCGGAUACUCGCUUCAUUGUUCUCAACGCAGCUGAUAUCUCAGUCAAUGAUGAUUCCGUCUCCUUCACGCCUCUUACCUCCUCUAAGGCCCUUGCAGCUCCGAAAGUUGAUCUCUUUGAAGAGGAUGAGAUUCUGGUGCUCGAGUUUGCUGAGAUUCUUCCCCAUGGAGUUGGAGUUCUACAACUUGGGUUCAGUGGUAUACUUAAUGACAAACUGAAAGGAUUCUACAAAAGUACCUAUGAACAUAAUGGUGAAAAGAAGAAUAUGGCAGUUACUCAGUUUGAACCAGCUGAUGCUAGGAAAUGCUUCCCUUGCUGGGAUGAACCUGCUUGCAAGGCUACCUUCAAGAUCACACUAGAGGUGCCUACUGAAUUAGUGGCUCUCUCUAAUAUGCCCAUUAUGGACGAGAAAGUUGAUGGGAAUGUGAAAGUUGUCUCUUAUCAAGAGUCACCAAUUAUGUCUACAUAUUUGGUAGCCAUUGUUGUUGGUUUGUUUGACUACGUGGAAGAUCAUACAUCCGAUGGGAUCAAAGUGAGAGUGUACUGUCAAGUGGGCAAAGCUGACCAAGGGAAAUUUGCAUUGCAUGUUGGUGCAAAAACUUUGGAUCUGUUCAAAGAGUACUUUGCUGUGCCAUAUCCUCUUCCCAAAAUGGAUAUGAUUGCGAUACCGGACUUUGCUGCUGGAGCUAUGGAGAAUUAUGGUUUAGUUACAUACCGUGAAACAGUUCUUCUCUAUGAUGAGCAACAUUCAGCAGCUUCUAACAAACAGAGAGUUGCAAUUGUAGUUGCCCAUGAACUGGCCCACCAGUGGUUUGGUAAUCUUGUCACUAUGGAGUGGUGGACUCAUCUAUGGCUGAAUGAGGGUUUUGCUACUUGGGUCAGCUACUUGGCUAUUGAUAGUUUGUUCCCUGAAUGGAAAAUCUGGACUCAGUUUCUAGACGAAUCUACUGAUGGUCUGAGGCUUGAUGGGCUUGAGGAGUCUCACCCUAUAGAGGUGGAGGUUAAUCAUGUUGCUGAAAUUGAUGAAAUAUUUGAUGCAAUAAGCUACAUGAAGGGUGCAUCUGUCAUCCGCAUGCUACAAAGCUAUCUUGGUGCUGAAGUUUUUCAGAAGUCGCUUGCUGCAUACGUAAAGAAACACGCUUACUCAAACGCAAAGACAGAAGACCUAUGGUCUGCUUUGGAAGGAGAAUCAGGAGAACCUGUGAACAAGCUCAUGAGUUUUUGGACAAAACAAACAGGAUAUCCUGUUGUCUCAGCCAAAAUCAAAGAUGGGAAACUGGAACUUGAGCAGUCUCGUUUCUUGUCAAGUGGUUCUCCUGGGGAAGGACAAUGGAUUGUGCCAGUAACCGUGUGUUGUGGUUCAUAUGACAUGCGCAAAAACUUCUUGUUGGAAUCCAAAUCUGGAGUGUAUGAUCUAAAGGAGUUAUUUGGCUGCUCCAUUGCUGAUGGUGCAUGGAUAAAAAUCAAUGUCGAUCAGGCUGGAUUCUACAGGGUGAAAUAUGAUGACACCCUUGCCGCUGGACUCAGAAAUGCAACAGAGAACCAAAGCUUGACCUCUAUUGAUAGAUAUGGUAUUUUGGAUGAUUCUUUUGCACUUUCUAUGGCUCGUCAGCAGUCUCUGGCCUCUUUGCUCACUUUGAUUACUGGUUACAAGAAGGAACUUGACUAUACUGUUCUGUCAAACCUCAUUGUUAUAAGCUACAAAGUUGUGAAGAUUUCAGCAGAUGCAAAUCUAGAACUCAUGUCUGAGAUUAAACAACUUUUCAUCGGUGUUUUCCAGUUUGCUGCUGGGAAACUAAGUUGGGAGCCAAAACAAGGGGAGAGCCAUCUAGAUGCUAUGCUGAGAGGGGAAGUUCUAACUGCACUUGCUGUGUUUGGGCAUGAUGAGACACUAAAGGAAGCAACUCGGAGAUUUGAUGCAUUCUUAGCUGAUAGGAACACUUCACUUCUGCCUCCUGACCUUAGAAGAGCUGCUUAUGUUGCUGUAAUGCAGAGAGCCAACAAGUCAGACAAGUCUGGUUACGAGUCUCUUCUGAGAGUUUAUAGGGAAACAGAAAUGAGCGAGGAGAAAACAAGAAUCCUAGGUUCUUUAGCAUGUUGCCCUGACCCCAGUAUUGUUCAAGAUGUUCUUACCUUUGUAUUGUCUGAUGAGGUCCGUAAUCAAGAUGCACUUUAUGGGCUCUACGAUGUAAGUUGGGAAGGACGUGAAGUAGCCUGGAAAUGGCUGCAAGAGAAGUGGGAGUACAUUGAGGAGACAUGGGGUUCCGGAUUUCUCAUAACACGCUUCAUAAGUGCACUUGUAUCUCCGUUUGCCUCGUUUGAGAAAGCGAAAGAAGUGGAGGAGUUUUUUGCAACGAGAUCAAAGCCUUCUAUGGCAAGAACCUUGAAGCAGAGCAUUGAAAGGGUUCAUAUUAAUGCUAAUUGGGUGGAGAGUAUCAGGAAGGAAGACAAUCUCACUCAGCUAGUUGCUCACCUCUCUUCAAACUAAAAGUUUUAACUCUUUUCAUGUUGGGUUAUUAUCUCCCUGAGUUAACUAGAAAAACAUGUGUGCACUAUGCAAACCUUUGUUGUUUCUUCUUCUCAACACAGAAUGAAGUUUCUUUCAAAACUUGCCAUCAAUGAAGUUUCCUUUCUCUAUAUA